CUCUCCUGUUGGUGCCAGGGAUUCUUGAGAGAUGCAGACUGAAGCUGAGUAGGAGCAGGUAGUGAGAGAAAAAAUAGUGCAGAGCAAUAAAAAGCUGGAUACAGAGAAAUAGAAUCAUAGAGAAAUUAGACUUCGCACAAGGACAUCUAAGGAUAUGUGUGAAGCAUUUCAUCAGUUCAUCAUGGGGCUGCGGCUUUUUAUAAAGGAGUAUUUUCUUGGUUUCUGGGACUAUGAGACACCAAAGGUGAUGGUGGUUAAAAACAGAACUCUUGGAGUCAUAUACAGAGGUGUUCAGUUUCUUGUGAUCACCUAUUUCAUCUGGUACGUCUUCAUAAGUCAGAAAGCCUACCAAGAGAGUGAAACUCGUCCAGAGAGCUCUGUUUACACGCUCAUGAAAGGCACAGCAGUUCAUGGAGAUGAUAUCUUGGACACUGUGGAGUAUGCUCGACCCUCAGAGGGCGGUGAUGUGAUUAGUACAAUAUUGAGACGCGAAGUUACAUAUGAUCAGAGGCAAGGAACCUGCGCUGAGUAUUUCAAAGUUGCCAAUGCCAACUGUACGACAGACUCUGACUGUGUCCAGGGAGAGGUUGACUUUGAUGGCCAUGGCAGAAGGACCGGCAGAUGUGUUCAGUACUACAACCACACCUUCAAAACCUGUGAGAUCCAUACCUGGUGUCCUAUUGAGGAGUACGCUGUAGUACGAGAACCAGCAUUAGUGGAGGCCAUCAAUUUCACGGUGUUCAUCAGGAACUCUAUCCACUUCCCCAGAUUUAAAGUGCUGAGGGGAAAUAUCAAAGAUGCUUCAAACAAGCGUGGCAUGCAGAAAUACCUCAAUAAGUGUCUUUAUGAUGAGGAGAAAGAGCCCUACUGUCCAAACUUCCGUCUGGGCUACAUCGCAGAUCAAGCAAGGGAGAAUUUCAGUGAGCUCUGCAGGACUGGAGGAGUGAUAGGGGUUUUCAUCAACUGGAAGUGUAACCUGGACCUGGAUCCUUCACACUGUAAACCUACAUAUUCCUUCCGUCGUCUUGAUCUCCGAAAGGAUCAGGCCAACUCUGGUUACUACUACAGGUUUGCCAAAUAUUACAGUAAGGAUGGGGUACAGUCUAGGACACUUAUCAAGGCCUAUGGCAUCCGUCUGGAUGUCAUAGUACACGGACAUGCUGGUAAAUUCAGUCCCAUCCCAACCAUUAUCAGCACAGUGACUGCUAUGACUUCAGUUGGGAUUUGCACCAUUAUCUGUGACUGGAUCAUGCUGACGUUUAUUGACAAGAAUGAAGUCUACAGUGACAGAAAGUUUGAUGAGAUUAUCAAGGAGCCCAAGGUGCCCAUUUCCACUGAGCUCAGCUUCAUCAACAGCUACGGCUCAAACCAUUCAGACCUGUCAGACGGUGUGCCGCUGUAAUGCUGUCACAGUUGCCCCGGUCCUUGCUGGCCAAGAGUGUGGACUCUCCUCCAUCAGCAGACUGUGGCAACAACAGCAACUCUGACUGGUUUCUCAGGUGUCUGCCGCAGCUCAGUUAUGGACUGCCAGCAGUUGCUAUGCUGUUGUUAGUGGGAAUAAACUGACAGAGGACCACAUCGACAGGCAGCUGGCUCUCUCAAAGUCUCUGCCUGUGCA